ACUUUUCUUUCUCCCCUUCUUCAAUCUAUACACACACACACCUACACGGUACCUCCUUCUUCUCCGUCCAUCGAUACUACAAAGACUCCUCCUGAUACUACCAGUACUACCGAUACUACCGCCUUCGUAUACGACCUCUCACGAUGGGUCUUCAUGGGAUGAGAUUGACCGUCAAGGACGAGUUGUCGAUCCCUACGGAGGAGGACAAGACAAAGGACUGCGCACCGCACGGUGGAGCAGAAAAGAUACGGCUCGCCGCCAGAUCCUCAAAUCAGAUCGAUGACUACAGAUUCUUGCGAAUCCGUCACGGUAUCGAGGAUAACGGGAUCGGUGCUGGUGCGGCUCCUACAGCCAGUAUGAACCUCGGUGCAUCCAAUUCGAAUUCGGCGGGACACAGCUACUCGGAUCUGCACGGUUCGGCCAAAGACGAUAGCGUGCGCAGGCUCACGCCGAGCUUAUACGAAACCUUCCAAAAGGCACCCGACAUCGAGAAUCAGCUCCGCGAGCUGAGCGAAUACAGGUUCGAUCCUCGUUACAUCGAGAUCGAGGCGGGAGAGCACGAUGGCUACUUGCGUGAGGUGGCCGACGACAUGCUUCCCGGGCGCCGAUACCACAAUCUGAUCCAGCGCUUCCUUUCGAGGGGAAAACGUUACCGGAAGGCCAAGCCAGAGAUGCGAGUCCAAAGAUCGUUCGUCCACCUGGCCAACGGACUCGCCCGGGUGUUCUACGACCAUCGUAAGGGCGAGUACGAAGAUGAUAUGGGGGAAAUACAUGAGUGCGAGAAAGGCGACGUCUUUGCAUCGCGCGGAUCGACCUAUAUUAAGCAGGUCGAGACUGAGCAGCGUCAGGAUGGUCCCAAGCUGGAGCUCGAUGAGCCGGAUUCGACGAUAGUCCCUGACGAGACGAAGAGGCAUGCUCGAUGGGUAGCCCAAAACAAGCCCGACAUUACGAACGAGACGUAUCAAGGGAAAGUGCUGAAACCAGCGGAGGGCAUCCUUUGGUCUCAGACCACGUUUGCCGCCGAGGUUAGAGCUCGGAAAUCGGAAGAUAGCAAGGGGCCCAUCGUGCAUCGUUCACAGCGAUAUCAGAUCAACCAGGUCAAACAUUUCCCUGCCACAGGAGAAAUUCUCACAUUGACUGUAUGCGGAUCCAUCGUGCGGGUCUGGUACAUGAAUCCUCAAAGGUUCGGUUCGAGCCGAGGGUUCGAUCUCGAAAAACACGAAGAUUAUUACGAUAUUGUCAAGGUCAUUGCGCUCUUUUCGGGACCCGUGAGCAGUUACCUGCCGCACUGGAAGCCAGUCGCGGGUUCCAAGGGACGGCUCGCGAUGAAGACGAUCGACGACAAACCGUUCGUAUUAGAGCUAAAGGAUAUCAAGUCGCUCGACACUCGGUACGAUCCCUUUGGACGCCGCACAGCAGUGUGGUCUGCCGGCGUUGCCCAGGUAUUGUCGGUCCCGGGCGAAAACGAUCCUCCUCCCCCCAUCACUCUGAAACCGGACGAGCACCUCGUCAUCAAAGCCUCCUGGCAACUUCCCCAUCUUCGAAUGCACGAGCAUAAUGUUUACAAACAUAUCGCCAAGACCGAAGAGGAGCUGAGGAGAACAAAAGGCUUCGUACGCGAUAAAGAGGUCGCCAUUCCCGAAAUGAUCGGCACACUGCACGACAGAGAUCCUCCGCUCGACUGUAUCGGCGGCAAGAAGCUCACAGAUUGGACAACGAGACUGGUCCGGUCGAAUCCCAGGAACAACGAUCCACAGGCCCCAACCGAACAAGUGCAUUUCACAGUCCUCGUCACGCAAUGUCCGAGAGCGCAACCAGUCAAACGAUAUAUCCUCGAGGAAUACCAGUUGGUCGAGAUCUUCCGCAGGCUCAUAAAGAAUUUGAAGCACUUGGGAUUGCUGGGUAUACAUUACAGGGAUCUUAACCCCGGCAACAUCUUGUGCGAUCCGAAAACCCUCAUCUGCCUUCUUGCCGACCUCGACUUCGCUCGGAUCGGGACGAACCGCCGUGGAGAGAGAAGCGAUGACGACGCUUGGAAAUCAUUCGAGACCAGCCUGGAUGACUGUAUCUCUGGAAACUUGCUCUUCAUGUCGCAGCACGUGCAGCAAUCUCGCAAACUAUACGUGGACCUGAAUCGCCUUGAGGGCCAACUAUGGGACAUGGAAGAGACCGCUAGAAUGGAGGAUCUUGCAAAAGAGGGACAAUCCGAUAAGGUCCGUCAGACGAUCGAGGCCGAGCGAGACAUGGCAUCAGAAAAGAUACAAGACCAGAUCGACGAGAUUAAGGUCCAGAUCGCCAACAAUCACCACAAGUUCGUCGACGACCUUGAAUCAUUGAUUUAUACAAAGCUAUGGCUGCUUGCAGACCAGAUCAGCAGGAUGUCGGGUCUGCAGUGCGGACCAAGAUUUCCGAUCGGCAAUCUGUAUGUUCCCACCAUAAAGGCAAAGGUUUGGUCGAGUCCCAGAACAUACGCGGAAGGGGUCGGAUCUCAAGACUGGCGCAAUUUGAUCAGCGAGCUCGCAGUCCUGAUUAAGCAGGCCCAACGCGAAACUAGAAACAUGGAGCCUACAGGGCAACUGGAAGGCCGUGAACUAUCGAGCUACAACGCAUGUGAUUCGCCGAUGAAAGCCUUUUACGAAACGCAUCGUCCCAAGGGCGACGAGGCCGGGGAUGCGGAGUCCGGUGCUUCAGGUGAUUCGCAGGAGCAGGAGCAGGAACAUAUGCAGAACUUUGCGGCUCUGUCGAUCAAGGACGCGUCCGCAGAGUCUGCAUCACCAAACGCACGCCCGUCAACCUCCAUCAUGAGCAAACUGAGACCGAGGGAGACUAAAAUCAAUUAUCGUCUAUGAUAACGAUACCGAUUCUCGGAGAGACGAGGUGCUCAGAGAUGGGAUGGAAAG